UCAGACAUUGUGCCUCCAGAGCAAGUUAUUGACAUCGGAAGACAGGCAAGGUUGGAAUGUCUGACGGAGGAGAGAGAUAGGACGUCCAUACUCUGGAGGAAGGACGGAGAAGUGAUCCCUCCGUCAUCCAAUAUAGUUCAAAACCGGCAAACCCUGCAGAUAUUUAACAUAGAGAGGACUAACUACGGGAUGUAUCAAUGUUUUGUGACCAGGGGGAACAGGGAGGUUGAGGCUAGGGGAGAACUCAGGCUUGGAGAUGCUGAACCCUAUCUGGUCUACGAGUUUAUAGAACAGACCCUACAGCCUGGUCCUCCAGUCUGCUUAAAGUGCAGCAGCAAAGGUUCUCCACCUCCUCAAAUAUACUGGACGAAGAAUGGACAGGAUCUACCAAAAUCAGACAGAUUUAUGAUUGGUCAGUAUGUUUCUCCGCAUAAUGAAGUAAUCAGCCAUAUAAACAUUAGUCGAGCAAUGGUAGAGGAUGGUGGAUUGUACACAUGUACAGCAAAGAACAGGGCUGGGCAGGCUGUACAUGCAGCUCGUCUAAACAUAUACGGCCCGCCUCUGGUGCAUGAUUUGCCUGAAAUCAAGGCAGUUGUUGGAAGAUCAGUUCGGGUUCUCUGUCCUGCUAGCGGAUAUCCUUUGGAUAGAAUCACGUGGUCAAAAGAUGGACGAGAAUUGCGCACAGAUGGCAAGGUUCAGGUGUUUACGAAUGGAACCAUGGAGAUAUCAACGAUAUCAGCUCAGGACGCCGGAAGCUACUCUUGCGCCGCGUCCAACAGGCAGGGUCAGGUCGCUUCCAAACACACGCUGCUGAAGGUCAUAGUCGCACCAAAGAUUCAACCUUUCACCUUCCUCGGAGACUUGGUGGAGGGUUCUAAGGGAGUUCGUCAGACCUGCUUCGUUAUAGAGGGAGAUCCUCCUCUCCUGGUCUCGUGGUUUAGAGAUGGACAGGACCUGGAGUCGGACGAGUCUGUUCGAGUCACUAGAAUAGACUCUUUGACAUCCAUGCUGGCCAUAUCUGAUCUGACCAGCCGCCACUCAGGGAAUUAUACCUGUGUGGCAAAGAAUGAUGUAGCAGCUGUCGCUGAAACAGCUGUUCUUCUGGUUAAAGUGCCCCCGACCUGGAUCAAUGCUCCAGUAUCACAAUCCGCCAUUGAAGGACAAUCUGUAGCAUUUCCUUGUGAGGUCCGAGGAGUUCCUCCUCCGGUUCUUAAGUGGACGGUCAAAUCAGGUGGGGAUUUGAUGGUUUACUCCACCCUUGGAUUGAGUAGGAGAGGAGAGGAUUUGGAAAUACAGGAUAACGGAACCUUGAUCAUAUCCAGGGCUGCAGUCAGGGAUGAGGGUGAAUACACUUGCUCAGCGGAGAAUGGUGUCGGAGAAGCAAUCUCAACCUCGGUCUCCUUAAAGAUAAAUGCUCCACCGAGAUUUAUGAUGGAGACUGAAGGAAUUCUCUCCGUACAUCAGGGUCGACCUGUAGAACUGCUCUGCAAGGCUCGCGGAGAUGAUCCUAUCUCUAUCUCCUGGGUGAAGGGAGGACGGGAGCUGGUUGCUGAACCAGGACGGACAUCCAUCACAGUAAUCCGGGAACUGGAACACGUGACCAGCAAGUUUGAGAUUAGGAAUGCGCGAAACACGGACAGUGGGAGAUUUGAAUGCCAGGCCUCGAAUCCUUUCGGAAAAUCCUUCUAUCAUAUUCAACUUCAAAUUUGGGAACCCCCGGAGUCUCCUGAGAACCUAACCUUGUCCAGUGUUACCUCAAGAACUGCUCGGAUAUCCUGGUCUGUCUCACAAUCUAAACCAAAGAUAGAGCGAUUCGUUGUAGAGUGGAAGAAACAGCAUGAAAGUUGGGAAGGUGGAUCUGAGGAUAAAACAUUGUAUGGACAGGUGAACGAUGUAAUAAUCUCUGGUCUGCGUCCUGCACUGCUGUACCAGGUUCGAGUCUUUGCGGAGAAUGAGCUCGGCCGGAGUAAAGAGGGACGGGUGCUUCAGUUUAUCACGGAUGGAGAGAGACCCGAAGGAGUUGCUCAAAAUAUUAGGAUCAGUCCUCUUUCUCCUACUCAGUUACAGGUGAUGUGGGAUCAACCUGGCCCAGAACUCAGUCACGGAGCUAUUCUCAGAUAUAAUAUUGGAGUUAGAGAGUUUGGGACGGAUCUACCAUACAUGUUCUACGAUGUAGAUAGAUACCAUUGGGAUAGAACAAGACAUCAGUUUAGACUGCGAAGGUUGCGGAAAUUCAGCAAAUAUGAAAUUGUGAUUCAGGCAGUGAAUAGACACGGAGAAGGUCCUCUCUCAGAUAUAGUUGUUGGACAAACCCUGGAAGCAGCCCCUGAAGACGCCCCAGAGGCUGUUGAAUGUUUGCCCCUGUCCUCUACAGGGGUGCACGUGAAGUGGCGAGCCCCCCCUCAUCCCACCUGGAACGGACAAAUCAGGGGAUAUAGAGUGCUUUAUGUUCCUUUUCCUCUGAGAGAUGAAGUUCCAGCCCUACUCAAUACAGCCAGGCUAAGUGCUGUUAUUGGAACUACAACGGCACUAUCUGGAUUAGUACCCAGCACUAAUUAUAGUAUUCAGGUGUUAGCGUAUACUGGAGCUGGAGAUGGAAGGUUCUCUGCUCCAGUCUCCUGUUCUACUGAAGAGGAUGGUAGGAUAUUUAAUAAUUCUAAAGUAAACUUCUUCAAGAUCAACCACCCUAAGUUGAGAACUCAUUCUCCCCUAAAAACUGAAGAAUUUUCAAUAAUCUAGAUGUUCAAGUAUCAG